AUGUUUUAGUGCAUGUGGGAAAACAGCGUGUUUUUGGGUUGAAUGAAUGGAAAAACACCCUGAACUUUGGGCGAUCCUUGCUUGGUCGAUUGGGUCGCUAAGGGUGGAAUUUGUGUGUUGAUUGGAUUGUGACUCGUGUUGUGUGAGAUUCAAUGGCUUUGUCUAUUUUUAUUUCGACAUUUUCCACAUUGCGAUAGAGUUGAAAUAGAGGCGAAAAAGCGAUUUGAAACAGUAUGAUUGAGCAGCACGAAGAUUCGGACGAGGAGGACGACUUUGAGGGAUACUUUCUGCAGCCAGUGAAUGGAUACAACAUUGCUGAGAAGGUGAAGUCCGCGAAUCAGGAAUGGUUGUCACUGCCCAGGCCGCCGUCGCCUCUCAGUUCAGCCGUAAGGGUGUCUUUUAGGCCCGUGUUGGAGGACUACGAGCCGGACUACUUCUCGCAGGACGACGAAGAGGUCGAAGUGGAGUGCGAAGAGGAGGAGAUCGAGAGCAUUAUCCCUGAGCACGCGAGCUCGGAGGAUGAGGAGCGUGAAUCGCCUGUGGCGCCGGAGAUUGAGGAGAUCUGCGAUGAUUUGGGCGAUAUUGAGCUCGAAUCAGCCGAAGAGAUUCCAGUGGAAGUGCCGCAGGAGGUGCAGGAUGAGCCUGUAGUGACGGAGAUGCCGCAGAGCAGACUCCCGAGGCAGAUCAGCGAAGCGCCCAGUGAACCCUGCACCGGUGUGGCCACAGUGAUUGUGCGGAAGAUCCACGAGGCGCCGAAGAAGCGACAGAAAGUGUCGCCGCGUCGAGUGUCGCCGACCAGGAGGAAAUACCGGGAGUGCUGCGACCGCAGAGAUCCGUCGGAAGAGCGUCUGCCGCGCUACAAUGGCCUCAGAUCCGUGUACGGGCUCAGUCGCGAACAGCUGGAGAGGCGGCAGCAGCGCUUGGAGAGGCAGAAGAAGCGCCAGGUGGACGCCAUUAACAGCCUGCUGGAGGCUCAGUUCCGCCGCCACGAGGCCAACGAAGAGGCCUUCUCGCAGUGGCUGAGGAAGAAGAUGCACCAGACGCAAGCCAGCACAAAGCACCGCAAUCUGUUCGACUACAAACCGCCCGCGCGCCGGAAGAAGAAGCCCAGCUGAGCACUAAAUUUGCACGCAUAGUGUUAAGAUUCUUAUAUUUGUAUCACGGAAACUGUCUAGAAUUGAACUGUUACACUCGGAUUAUCAAGUCUUGCAGGAAAGUAUGAG